UAAGGACUGGACGGGGAGGGACUUUCGGGACACUACAUGCGCAACAAGUCCAAGGGCGCAUAAACUGCGUGAUGACAAAGAAUGACAACACGGCAUGCAGCGGUUUAAACAGAAUCACUUUAAAUGGAUCGUGAAGGGAAUAUUUCUUGAUUUCUGUUGCCAGCGCGAAAGGUAGUGUCGCCGAAAAGUUUGACUUUGAAAACGCACUUUUGGAAGUUUUCUCCAGAGCACAUGACAGAAGCCGGCUCGUAAGACUGUUGUUCAGAAAUGUCAGCAUUUAAAACCCGCGAUGUUUAACUUUAUUCCUGGUUUAAAAGCAAUAAAACAGCGAAAGUAUUCAGCUCAUUACAGCGCAGCAGGUGACGAGCGGGGUUUGGGAUCUGGACUUCGGCUCAGGAACGGAGGAAACUUUAUUGUAACGGGAGUGAAUGUGAAAUGGUCCCUGUUUGUCACAGAAGCUGGGACGACAUCACUUGAAAAUAGCGGGUUUCUUUCCUUUUUUUCCCUUUCUUCUUCUUAUAUUUUAAGUUAUCUCAGUCCACAAUGAGGGCGCUGACUUUAUUGUGCGUAAUAGUCCUGCUGUGCAAGUCGAGCCUGAGCAAUAGAAACUGCCCGGAUCUGAUCAUUGACAGCUGUCACUGCUCCGCUGAGAGGUCCAAGGAGUUGAGCAGGCAGCAGGUCCGAAUCAAAGUUGUGUGCGACGACGUGGAUCUGAUGGACACCUUACAGCCCAGCUUCUUACCCAACAGGACCGUUUCGCUAAACCUGAGUAACAACAAGAUCUCUCUGCUGAGGAACGGCUCCUUCUAUGGCUUGGCUGCCCUGGAAAAGCUGGACCUGAAGAAUAAUUUGAUAAGUACAGUGGAGCCUGGGGCUUUCCGUGGUCUGCUAGCACUGAGGAGACUGGAUCUGUCCAACAACAGGAUUGGCUGCCUUUCCCCUGAAAUGUUUCUCGAUCUGGGUAACCUCUCGAAAUUGAAUUUAUCUGGGAACAUCUUCUCCACUCUGACCAUGGGACUCUUCACACACCUAGCUGCUCUCAGAGUACUGCACUUCAGCGCUGAGACUUUGUUCUGUGACUGUCAGCUGAAGUGGCUGCUCAUCUGGGCUAAAAGCAACUCCGUAAAGAUUGGCAAUGACACGGUCUGCGUUUUCCCUACCCACCUCCACGGCCUGGAGUUUCGCAACCUACGCGAACCACAGCUCAAAUGUGAUGGACCUUUGGAGAUGCCCCUGUUUCAGCUCAUCCCCUCCCGGAGGCAGCUUGUUUUCCAUGGUGACCGCCUCCCCCUGCAGUGCACCGCUUCCUACUUGGACCCAUCAGUGGAGCUGCUGUGGCGUCAUAACGGGCACAUCGUGACCACGCAGGAAGACCGAGGCAUCUACGUGGAAGAAACCCUCAUUCACGACUGCUGCCUGCUCACAAGCGAGGUUAUUCUCUCCAGCAUCGAUGUGCCCAUUGCUGGAAUCUGGGAGUGCCUGGUGACCAGUUCCCGUGGCAACACUUCUCAGCAAAUGGAAAUCGUGGUUCUGGAAACGUCAGCAUCAUACUGCCCUGCUGACAGAGUCACCAACAACAAGGGGGACUUCAGGUGGCCAAAGACGCUGGCUGGCAUCCUGGCCUUCCUACCCUGUGCUCCUGCCACCUUUGGCUCUGCCCCUCACCCAUCUGGCAGCGCUCCUCACCCCUCGAGCCGGGCAGAAAAGAAGGCGUGGCGACGUUGCGACCGUGCUGGGCGGUGGGCUGAGGAGGACUAUACUCAGUGCCCUUAUGCCAGUGAACUGACCCGUGUGCUGCAUGAGCUCACCCAGAUACCUAUUAAUACGACCAACGCUCAGCCUUUUGGACAGCAGUUGGUGGCCUUCACCAGCAGGGCGGCGCACUUCACCGAUGUCAUGGAUGUCAUUUAUGUCACCCACCUGGUGGAGAGACUAACGAGGCUGGUGGAGAAACAUAAAGAUCUGGGGGACUAUAUAUCAGACAUUGCCAGCAACAUGAUGCUGGUGGAGGAGCAUAUCCUGUGGAUGGCACAGAAUGAGGCCAGGGCGUGCACUCGAAUCGUCCAGUGUGUGGAGCGAAUUGCUGACCUGGCGCUGACUGGAGACAAUCAGGCCAUUUCUAAGGUAUCUGCUAACAUAGCUCUGGAGGCCUUUCUGAUCCGUCCGUCAAACUUCCACGGUUUGUGCUGCACAGCCCUUCGACAGCCCCCCUCAACUGCCACCUCACCCCGUCCUGACAGCCACUCCCACUCUGAUAAGGACAUGAGCAGAGAGCGUGAUGCCAUGGGGGAAUCGUUGCUCAGCUUCAAAUGCCACACUGUCAACAACAGUGGCUCACCGGUCAGUCAGCUAAGCAAGAACUCAGUGGCAGUCGCCUCAAUCCAUUUACCGCUGGCUGGUACGCCUAUCUCUUCCUCGCCGUUGCAAUCUGUUGAUAACUCCACUUGCAAGCUGCAGUUUAUUGUGUUUCGCAAUGGGAAACUCUUCCCUUGCACCGGCAAUUCGUCAAAUCUCGCAGACGACGGGAAGCGUAGGAGCGUUUCAACACCAGUUGCUUUCACCAAAUUAGAUGGGUGCAGCCUCGGGAGCGCCGUGCACUCUGUUACUAUUGCUCUGAGGCACUUCGCGCUGGGUGUAGACCCCACCGCAGCCUAUUGGGAUUUUGACCUGCUGGAUGGACACGGUGGCUGGAGGGCAGAGGGCUGCCACAUAACAGGCUCCGGGGGCAACACGACCACCAUUCAUUGCACCCACCAUAAUAACUUUGCUGUGCUAAUGGAUCUGAAGAAGGUGCUGUCUUUCCCCCCAUACCCUGGGGAGUUUUUGCACCCGGUCGUGUAUGCCUGCACAGCGGUCAUGUUGCUCUGCCUCUUCGCCUCCAUCAUCACGUACAUAGUGCACCACAGUGCAAUCCGCAUCAGUCGGAAGGGAUGGCAUAUGCUGCUCAACUUCUGUUUCCACACAGCGCUGACCUUCGCUGUGUUUGCUGGCGGCAUCAAUCGAAUCAAAUACCCCAUCAUCUGUCAAGCAGUCGGGGUCGUGCUGCACUACUCGUCUUUGUCAACCAUGCUGUGGCUCGGGGUGACGGCGAGGAACAUUUAUAAACAGGUGACCAAGAAGCCUCCACAGAGUCAAGACAGUGACCCGCCUCCGCGCCCUAAACAGCCCCUGUUGAGAUUUUAUCUAGUCAGCGGUGGAGUGCCCCUCAUCAUCUGCGGGGUCACGGCAGCUGUCAAUAUAGACAACUAUGGCAGCAGGGAGCAAGCGCUGUACUGCUGGAUGGCGUGGGAGCCCAGUCUGGGAGCAUUCUUUGGCCCCGUAGCUUUCAUCGUCCUGGUCACGUGCAUCUAUUUCCUCUGCACAUUCAUCCAGCUACGGCGACACCCUGAAAAGAAGUACGAGCUCAAGCAACUGACGGAGGAGCAGCAGAGGCUGGCUGCUGUCGAUGUGCCGACACACUGCCACCAGGGAGCCGAGCCCGGAGCCCUGGCUCCACCGCCCAGCGGGAGCCACUGCCCCGCCGGCUGCCCUGGCAUUCCCAUCAACCCCGCGCUGCUGGCCAACGAGCACUCCUUCAAGGCUCAGUUAAGAACAGCGGCCUUCACCCUAUUCCUCUUCCUGGCAACCUGGACUUUUGGGGCACUAGCUGUGUCACAGGGCCACUUCCUGGACAUGAUCUUCAGCUGCCUUUAUGGUGCCUUCUCCGUCACCCUCGGCCUCUUCGUCCUCAUCCAUCACUGUGCCAAGCGGGACGAUGUUUGGCAUUGCUGGUGUUCCUGCUGUCCUGGACGAAGCGCCGACGCCUCCUCUGGUGCCCCCGCGCCCGCUCAAACGCGGCCCAAAGUCAACGUGAACGGAGAUACCCCCGGGCACGGCCACGGCCACAGCCACUGCCACCAUGACUCACCUUGUCAGGCUAAAGCUCUAAGCUGUGGCCAUGGCAGCUUAGCUCACUGUAAACACGCUGCCCUUCCUUCCUCACAAAAUCACAUGACGUGUCUAGCGCCAGUGACGCCGUGCUGUGCCGCACUGCACAGCCAGCAGCUUAUGGAAGAAGAGCCCGCGGCCACGCAUGUGCUGCUGCACGCUGACCCGGAGGGUUACCGGCCGGGGAUCCAGUUGCACCCCUGCCUAAAGAGCAGUGCCAGGACUAAAGGCCGACAUCUCAGCCGCAGGGAUGGGGCCGGUGCUUGUGGAGCGGGGAGUGAGAGGGAGUACGCCUAUCACAUCCCCUCUAGUGUGGAUGGAGGCAGCGUGCACAGCUUACACACUGACAGCCCCCACAGCACACACGAGCGCCACGCCCACAUCUGUCCACACCUGGCCCACGAAGGCCACCAUGACGUGCAUCACACAUGCCACGCUGCUGCAGAGUCCCUGGCAUGCCAUAAUCCCUGCCACAGGCACAUCUGCUGUGCCAAGGCAGACCUUUUCCCUUCUCUGUGCCCGGCAGAAGCAGGAGACACGGGCGUCUUCCUGUGCGGCUGCGGCAAAGUGGCUGAGGAGGACCCCGUGGCAACACAUCACCAUUUGGAAAUGCACGCCCCGCGCAGACAAUCUUACCCUCAGAACCCGCCCAAUCAGAACGGGAUUCUAAAGGGGAGCCUGCAUGAGGGUCUCCUCUACACGUCAGACAGCACAGGAAAUAUACGCACUGGACCCUGGAAGAAUGAAACUACUGUGUAGUGUGGGAAGACUGAGAAGAGGGGAUGCAGGCAGCAUUCCUGCUUCCCCUUCUAGGAUAAUAAAAAAACAAAGAAUUGUAUAACAUUUUAAAACAUCACAAUCAGCGUGGGAUAUUUUUUUAUUUUAAUGUCCUCUUGAUUUUAUGUGUGCUGUUUUACUGUACAGAAUUCCAUUUGAACGCUCUCCUUCAGGGGGCAUCCACUGACAGAAACCGAAUUUCUUCCAUCACAAUGAAUUUGUGAAAACGUGUGUCGCAUGGCGCCUUCAGAUGUAAUCGAAGGUGUCGCCACUGUUCCAUAUUACUACAGAUCUAUCUCUCUCUAUAUAUACAAGAAAAUGAAUGGUUGUACGUAUGAAUUUGUGUGUGUUAACGCUCAAAGGCAACACGCUGCAAGAUAUUUUUUACACUUUGAAACACGUCAAAUAGUCUCUGAUGACAGUGAACCUCCAGUACUUAAAAGAACUUCUUGGCAUCCAUGUUUUAGACAACUAAACCAGCAGUUUUAGACUUCAUGGGUAUUUUUGCCAUUCGGUCAAGCAACUGUGAAUAUCUACUAGAGUUUUCUAAAAAAAAGAAAUAUAUAUAAAUAUAUAUAAAGAUACUGUUGCUUACAAGAGAUGUGUGGAUGCCAGUUAAGUUGUGAAAAUUCAAAGCAACAGAAAAAGAGAAGUGAAAUUAAACAUCCUCUUAUCCAGGUCAGUAUUGAUCGUGCUGUCUAUAUGAUGUCUUCACUGUUGUGUUUCUUUUUCUUUUCUGUUCUGGAGAGAAUAACGGCACAUCAGCAGCAACAGCAUUGUGUGUAGAAAGUUACUGUCAGUGAGUCAUUGGAUCCAUUGUGCCAUAAAGAGCCAGGUCCUCACAGCAAAGUUCAUUGCCAAACCGGUGUGCUGGUUUUUAUUCCAUUCAGCUCAGUUUGCACACGCUUCAUGUGACGGUAUCACAUCAGCUUAUGUUUCUCUGUACAAUCAAUCUAGAAAAAAAAAAAACAGCAACAACAAUAACAGCAAGCUGCAUCAACAUAACUUUGGGAAACCAGCCCAGCGUCCUGCAAUUUUCCCUCCUAUUAAAAUGCUAAUAAAAUAUUUCAGACUCACCCGACAUUGGCCGAAGCCAAAAAAAUGAUACAUGGCAGGCACCAGAGCAAAUUCGGCCCUGUUGUGUUUUAUAAAUUUAUAAUUUGCCUUAUAAAAGCUCCAACGCAUGCAUGCUUAUAUGUAGCUGUGUUUUAAUGGUGUAAAUGAAUGCCUUUCCACAGACAUAUCAUUUGACUCGACCCAAUGCAGCUUGCCAUGUGUCCUUUUUUGAAGCACUUGUGGAUUAUUUCACUUCUCAACAGUACUAUUUGGCUCUUGUGACCUUCAUGUUGCAUCACUUUAAAAAGGACCCAUUAUGCUCAUUUACAGCUUCAUAGUUUUUUUUUUAAUCUUCAAUCUUAGAGUCAUCUUUGCAAGAUUCAUAGUUUAAAUGAAUCCUUCUUUAUCUUAUACCAGGCUUUAGUGCAGUUAUUUCUGGGCAACUGCUUUAGCCCAGAACACCCAGUUUUCUCCUGAUUGGUUGCCCUUCAGAAACAGCACAUGUGUGGCCAAAAGUAACAGCCAAAGCUGAUACCCCCCUCACUGAAUCAAACAGAGUCGACACUAGAAAAAAAACAUUUAGAGAGGUUUCAAGAUUGCUUUUGACAUUGUAACAAUAUAUGUAUUACAGAAAAUAAGAUAAAGCAUAAGCUAUCCCUUUAUUCUUACAUUUAUUCAGGAGUCCAGUCAGUAAAAUCAUAUGUCCUGCUUUGGUGACAGCUUUUGUCAGGACUGCUAACAGAUGAAAUGUGGAUCAUUUCUUUUUUUGUUUUUUUUAAACCGUGAAGGUCACACUCUCUUUGAAGAAUUGCCUCUCGAAAGAGAAGCCAAAAGAGUCUCCGUGUUGAUUUAGAAGCGCUUGUUUGUUUUAUGAAUGAUAGUAUUUAAUACAAUGCUCCAGACAAAACAAAUCAUACAUUUCAUCAGACCAGCCAACACUUCAUAAAAAAAACAACAUCCAAAGCAUAAUCUCACAGCAAAGCCCACUCUCGCGAAACCACCUCAGCAUGCGCACCACCUCUCUAUCCAUCUCGUGCACUUUUUGUCGGUGUAUAUAGAAUUGGUUUCUGAUGAAUUAUUUUUUAUGAGAUUUAAGAUAUUUAAGAAUAAAAUAAGUCUAUGUAAAAGAAAGUUGUAUGGGAAAAAACUGACCUCUCAGUGUUAUAAUGCUCAGUAUCUGAGUUUAGAAAUGUCCUUUUUGUUUUCAAAUGCCUUUUUUUUCUGUCGACUUCAUAAAGUAUGCAGACUCGCCGUGUGUUGUGAGACUUAUCCUGUCAUAUCAGAAAUAGAAAUGCACUACCCAUUAUAACGUUUGGCCUGCCAGAAUAGUAUUUGUCACUUACGGUGUCGUUAUAAUAGAAGUGCUUGUUCAGACAGACCUGAAUUAAGGAAAGAAAUUCAGAGAAAGAAAGCAAAAUAUUAAUGUGACAGUCCUUCUGGUUGAAUGGCAAGGCUUUGAACAGUAAAGGAAGGCAAUGGUAGACAUCAAAGAUGAUGCAUGAACCUCAUAGCUUUGCACAGGGCCAUUGGAGUUAUUGCCAGGGACUGGGACAAAAUGGGAUGUUAUGGGUUCAGCUUAUGGGUUAUAAAACAUUGGCCCACAAUUGAUCAUACAAUACAAGCUCCUUUGAGCCACCUUGGAUGCUAGCAGCCAGCGGCCCUGGCUUUAUAGUUAUUGGAAAGGGAUUUGUAACAGUAUCACAACGAAAUCAUCCCACAUUAAACCGAGAGAACAUCGGUCUAGGUUAAUUGCUGUACAACAUGUGCAUUUGCUGGUGGUGUGUCUUAGGAGCAGCCCGAGCUUUUCAGUGUCUGUGAGACGGUGUGUUUGGUAUCACAGGCCGCCAUAGGCCACCUUCUCUGUCGCCAUCAGUAACAGAUGUACUGCCCCAAACAAGCUAGCUGGCUUCGUUUCGGCUCACCAGGCGCCUGCUGGAAUAUUCACCUGUGGUACUGUGACAAAACCUAAAGCCAGUUUUCAAUUUUUUCUACAUUGACACAGAUUCCAAUAAAUGUAUUUUUUCAC